UUGGGUACACGAACCAAGCAUGUUGCUCACAACGGCCAAUUCACUGCUUCAGCCUCUCGCUCCUCGCCUCCUCCACGGCGGCGGAGGCGGAGAUCUGACUCUGUGUAGCCAUAGAGCUGGCUGUCUGGUCAUGAACGCCUCCAGUGAAGCUAACAAUCCGGCGAUUAUGAGCGCGGUUUUCGAGCCGUUCGAGGAAGUGAAGAAGGAACUCCUUCUCGUCCCCACCGUUCCACACGCCUCCCUUGCUCGCCAUGUCUACUCUGACCGCUGCGAAGGCGCUAUCAACGAUCAGAUCAAUGUGGAAUAUAACGUAUCUUACGUGUAUCACGCAAUGUAUGCCUACUUCGACAGAGACAAUGUGGCUCUUAAGGGGAUUGCCAAGUUUUUUAAAGAAGCAAGUAUAGAAGAAAGGGAGCAUGCAGAGAAGUUUAUGGAAUAUCAGAAUAAGAGAGGUGGCAAAGUUAAGUUGCAGGGGAUGAUGACGCCGAUCUCUGACUAUGAUCACCUCGACAAAGGAGAUGCAUUGUAUGCAAUGGAGCUCGCUCUAUCUCUGGAAAAGUUGACAAAUGAAAAGCUUCUGAAUUUACACAAGGUGGCUGAUGAGAACAACGACGUCCAGCUUGCAGAUUUUGUGGAGAGUGAGUUUUUGGGCGAGCAGGUUGAGUCCAUCAAGAAGAUAUCUGAAUACGUUGCUCAGUUGAGAAGGGUUGGCGCAGGCCAUGGUGUUUGGGACUUUAAUCAGAUGCUUCUAGCUGGCGCUGCCGCAGUUUGACUUGGAAUUAUUUGCUAAUUAGCCUUCGGCACUAUUACAAUUUUUAAUAGGAAUGGAAAAGUUGAGCAAGUUUUUGCAUCGAAAUUACCUAAUCUAACAAAUUGAUGGAGACUUGUGAAAUGACGCUGCGCUUGAUUCUGUUUUUCUAGUACAAACAUGCUUGCUUAUGAAAUCUUCAUUUUUCACGUA